AUGGAGACUUUCCAGAAAGAACCACUGAACGAAUCAUGGAAUCUUAAUGAAAGUGGAGCUGUGAACAGAACUGGGCAUCCUUUAAAACGCAAUGAGGAGGUGGCUAAAAUCGAAGUUGCUGUGCUGUUUGUGGUGCUGUUGCUGGCACUCGUUGGGAACCUGUACGUGCUGGCUGCACUUCAUAUCAGUAAACGCGCACAAUCAAGAAUGCACUUUUUCAUGAAGCACCUGUGCAUUGCAGAUCUGGUGGUGGCCGUUUUUCAAGUCCUUCCACAGCUCAUCUGGGACAUCACCUUUCGCUUCUAUGGGCCGGACUUCUUGUGUCGCCUGGUGAAAUAUCUUCAGGUGGUGGGCAUGUUUGCCUCCACCUACCUGCUUGUGUUGAUGUCAGUCGACAGAUGCCUUGCUAUUUGCCAACCGUUACGCUCAUUGCAGCACAGUAAGGACCGGGUGUAUGUUCUCGCCUCGUGGCUCCUCAGCCUGCUGCUCAGCCUGCCUCAGGUGUACAUCUUCUCCCUUAAAGAGAUGGCCCAGGGAGUCUACGACUGUUGGGGAGAUUUUGUGCACCCAUGGGGCACCAAAGCCUACGUCACGUGGAUAAGCCUGGCCAUCUACAUCAUCCCUGUUGCUAUUCUGAGUGUCUGCUAUAGCCUCACAAGUUUUAAAAUAUGGCAGAACUUUAAGUUGAAAAGCAGAAGGCAGCAUUGUGUGUCAAGGUGCCCAGGUGAUGGCAUGACACUUUCACGUGUCAGCAGUGUAAAGCUUAUCUCCAAGGCAAAAAUCAGAACAGUGAAAAUGACAUUCGUUGUCGUCCUGGCCUACGUUGUGUGCUGGACACCAUUCUUCUUUGUGCAGAUGUGGUCAGCUUGGGAUCCGAUGGCACCAAGAGAAGCGAUGCCAUUUAUCAUCACAAUGCUACUGGCUAGCCUGAACAGCUGCUGUAACCCCUGGAUCUACAUGUUCUUUGCCGGUCACCUGUUCCGGGACCUGAUGCAGCACUGCCUAAAGACAUUGCGCUGUGCCUCUGUAACCCAACAAAAUUCAAGGAGUCAAUCAGCUGGAAUGGUAAUGAAGAGCAGUCAGAAAAGCCUGAGUCAGACCUCAACCACAUGACACGGCAGACUGCAGGGAGGAGAAAACAGAGGCUGUUAAAGGCAACAGGAGCUAAAGACAAAAGGUUCUCCAAAUCAAGUCUUCAAAUGAGCACACAAGGAAUAAGAAGACUGAAGAAGUCAUUCGGAUUGAGUGACGAAACGUAUCUCUACAACAAACUUGUGUCCAGAUGAACUGAUUAAACUUUGUGGAUUUGUGUACCUGGAUUAUUGA